AUGCUCAGACCUCAGGCGACGGCCACGCGAGAAGUGAUCUGCCUGGACGGAGUAUGGAAUUUCGAGAUCGUCGCUGAUGCUGCAACGGAGGAGUGGACCGAGCUGCUUUCACCAAAGACACAAAUACCGGUGCCUGCGAGCUACAAUGAUAUCCUACUCGACCACGGCAUACGGGAUCAUGUCGGCUGGGUCAAAUAUCAACGUCGCGUCAGGGUUCCCAGGAGCUGGACCUCAGAGCACGUCUUCAUCCGCUGCGACGCGGCCACGCACAGAGGGCGGAUCUACGUCAAUGACAAACUCGUUGCGGAUCAUCAGGGUGGAUAUACCCCUUUUGACGCGAAUAUCACGGAGCUCGUCAGUGCAGGAAAAGAAUUCUGUCUCACAGUCGCUGUUUGUAAUGAACUCAGCAACGAAACUAUCCCGCCUGGGAGCAUUGAGGUUUUGGCCAAUGGGACACGGAAACAGAAAUACUUGCACGACUUCUUCAAUUACUCUGGCCUUUCUCGUUCGGUGUGGCUGUACAGCGUGCCUCAACGUUCAUUCCGGGAUGUUACCAUUGUCACCGACACUGUUGGCGAGAACAGGACGGGGAUUAUCAAGUAUGAAGCCACUUGCAGUGAGUCAGUUGAUUGUGAGAUCCGAGUGACGGUUGCGGAUGAGAAUGGAAACGUUGUAGGGUGUGCCCACGGAGAGCGGAGUGAAAUCGAGAUCGAGUCCGUGCAUCUCUGGCAACCAGGAAACGCGUAUCUGUACAAGCUGACCCUUUAUCUGCACCGUUUGGACGACAAUUCACUUGUCGACGAAUACUCUAUUGACGUCGGAGUACGUACAGUCGAGGUGAAGGGAUCUCAGUUCUUAAUCAACAACAAGCCUUUUUAUUUCACCGGCUUCGGCAAACAUGAAGACACUCCAAUCCGUGGCAAAGGGCACGACUCAGCAUAUAUGGUGCAUGACUUCCAACUCCUGGAAUGGAUCGGUGCCAACUCUUUCCGAACCUCGCACUACCCCUAUGCAGAGGAGGUGUACGAUUUCGCUGAUCGACACGGGAUCGUUGUGAUCGAUGAGACCGCUGCUGUUGGCCUAAAUCUAGGCAUUGCAUCUGGACUAUUUGGCAAGAAGGCACCUCCAACAUGGUCAGCGGAGACCAUGAAUGUCACUACGAGCAUUGCACACUCUCAGAACAUUCGCGAACUCAUAUCACGCGACAAGAACCACCCUUCGGUGGUAAUGUGGUGUAUCGCCAAUGAGCCGGCGUCCCACGAAGAUGGUGCUCGAGAAUACUUCGCUCCACUGGUCAAAUUGACGCGUAGCCUGGAUUCCACGCGGCCCAUUUGUUUUAGCAACUGCGUCCUGGCGACUGCGGAAAAUGAUUUGAUAUCCGACCUGUUCGAUGUUCUCUGCUUGAAUCGAUAUUACGGGUGGUAUGAACACACCGGCGACCUGGAAACCGCAGAGCACGAGUUGGAGACAGAUCUCCGGACCUGGCAAACCAAGUAUGGCAAGCCCAUGAUCAUGACCGAAUAUGGCUCCGACACCAUGGCCGGACUACACAUGACAAAUCCGGGACCUUGGAGUGAGGAGUUUCAGAGCAGUAUGCUCGAGGUGUACCAUCGUGUGUUUGACCGCCUUGACUCUGUCAUUGGUGAGCAUGUGUGGAGUUUUUCAGAUUUCCAAACCAGCGCCAUGGUCUUUAGGGUGGAUGGAAACAAAAAGGGCGUCUUCACUAGGGACCGGCGGCCGAAACUUGCGGCGCAGGCACUUAGAAAGCGAUGGGUAGAACGGAAGAAUGAUGCAUUGCAUGGAUGA